AAUGGGGAAGGCACCUACGGCUAUUCCUUACUCGCUGCACUUCCCGCCGGCAACAGCGCCUUUCCUUUCAUACGGGGAGGGAACGUCUCUGCCCACCAGCUUGACACCGCCUGGCGCUGUGACGCGGCCGCAAGUCGCACUGCACUGACGUUUCUCCAUCGCGACUCCCCUCCGAGUCACACACACACACACACACGGUGCCGGGCGGCGGGGAUCAGCAGGCUCGACCUGGGAUGGCUACGCUGCAGUGCCGGGCGGCUGGGGUCGCUGAGGAUGUGAACGUUACGUUCGAGGACCAGCAGAAAAUUAACAUCUUUGCAAGAAGUACAAGCAGGGUGACCGAGCUGAAGGAUGAGAUAGAAGUGAAAAAGAAAGAGCUUCAGAAUCUGGAAGACGCCUGUGACGACAUCAUGAUGUUAGAAGAUUCAUUGCUUAAUCCUUAUCUAAUUGGCGACGUCUUCAUAAGUCAUUCCCAGGAGGAAACUCAGGAGAUGCUGGAAGCCGCCAAGAAAGGAUUGGAGGAGGAAAUAAAGUCUUUGCAGUCGAAAGUAGAAUCUAUACAUCAAGUUCUUGCAGAUCUGAAAGUGCAGCUUUACGCCAAGUUUGGAAACAAUAUCAACCUGGAGGCAGAUGAGAGCUAAAUAAUUUAAUUUCAGUUUUUUCGUUUAUUUCUAUUUUAUUGAUCGCACAAAUAAAAAAGAAUUGCUGAUC